AUGCCAAAUUCCACUUGCAAACCAUUCCCGUGUCGAAAUCCAGAUAACUUCUCAAAGUAUUGCGAAAAAAAAGAGUUAGGAAAGAAAACAGAUGAUAAAAUGCCAGUCGUUCACCGGAAUGUAGAAGGAGAGAAUAAUGGAGAGUGCUUCAAAAUUAAGGGCCCAAAAACACCGUUUCUUCUGACUCAUUUGGAGAAGAAUUAUGUUGAUAAGCCAAAAGAAGAACCAACGACAAGUGAACCUACAACAUCUAAAGGAACGAAACGAGAACACUCAGUAUCAGAUUCUGAUCAGGAACUGGAAGAUCCAAACGAACCAUCAACGUCUUCUUCAACGACGAGAAAAAGACCACGGGCUCAGCAAAACUCAUAG